AUGGGGAGUGCCCCGCAAGUCGGCAUCGCGCUGGGAAACUUCAGCCACAAAAGUUUCCCGGCAGCGCUUGAGCUUUGGCUUGGGGACAUGGUCGUCAUCAACGAAAUCUCCGGCGACUGGUUCCGCGGCUACAAGGUGGACGAGCCCGACCGUCUGGGGAUUUUCCCCAAGUGCUACAUUCAUCUCAAGCCGCAGCGAACUCUGAAGAUCAUCGACGAAGCAGCUUCGAGCGUCACCGAGUGGUCCAAGUACUUGGAGAAGAUGUACGAGUACGAAAAGUACGACAGCGUCGAGCUCAAAAAGCAGGAAGUCGCGGUUCUCAUCAAUCGCGUUCUUGAGCUUCGAAGGAAGCUUGUUUCUGGCUCGUUGACGCAGGCGGCAACGGCCAAGAUUGCCCAGGAACUUGCACAGCAUUUGGACUUUGGCAACGCGCAUUUGAAGGCGUACGGGGCGGACCACACGGUUCGUGGGCCGAAUAUGAACGUGAUUUUGCCCAGCGAGGCAAACCCCGUCCAGUUGUACUCCAAGUCGCGGAAGAGCCAGAAACAGAUGCAGAACAUCAUCGCCGAGGCGAGCCACUUUCACGACGCGUUGGAGAGCAUCCGCAAGGCGGGAAACAAGGACCAGAACGUCAAGCGGCAGAUAUACUUCAGACUCGUCAACGCGCUUUUCAAAUUCGGCGACGAGGCAGAAUUCAACGUUUGCGUCGCCAAAGCAGACUCCGUCGGCCGCUUCCAUCAAAUCUCCGACAAUUUGCUCAUUCGCUGGAGCCAAGUGCGAAUAAACGUCAACACGGAUAUUUUAUCCAAGGGCCACUUGCUCAGGGGUCUCUUCAUGGACUUGACAAACUCGGAGCUCGAAGAUCCGAAUGUGCUGUUGAUCGUAACGAUCGUCCGUGUCGGCCAAAUGGAUCUGAAAGAUGCGGAGAAGAAACAGAUGAGUUUGGGGAGCUCGAAAGCGUCGAAGAACGAGGGCAAGACUGGUGGAAUCAGACGCCCCUUCGGCGUGUGCACGAUUUCGAUGAAGGACAUUUUGAGUCCGACGGUCAAAAGCGACGCCAUCGUCAGUCUGAAAGUCUUCCGCUACGGGAACGAUGAGCCCUUCCAUCGCUUCAUCAUUCGCUGCGUGAACCACCAUUUUGGACGGGAAACGAGCUCCUCGGUCAGCAACAUGGCGCAGAACUCGAAUCUCAAGGAGCUUGGCCAACUGCUCGUGUCUUUCUGCGUUCUGCACGGCUCCCUAGAGCACAUCAAGAAAGCGAACAGCGAACUGGUCGGCAACCAAGUCGGCUGCCAAAUCGUGGAGCGACGCACCUUCCCGGACGUGAUCAUGCCCGGCUUGUACCGAAACGACUUCUACAUUCUUUUGCGGAGCGGCAACUUCGAGAAAUCGACCAAGCAAGCGCGCAGCAUUCAAGUGGAAAUGUCCGUGCGCGUCCAGGACAACCCACUUCCGCAGCCACGUUUACUACAUGGAAAAGUCUCCCAACUGGAUGGAGUGGGUCAAAAUGCGCAUCCCCGUCGACGAGUUCAAAAAGCAUACGUCCUCUUCACCUUUCGGCAUCGCUCGACGACGCAGUCAAAAGACAAGAGCGAGCAGGAAUUCGCCUUUGCCUUCUUACCGCUCAAGUCGCACAAAAGUGGCACCAUUCAAGACAAUGAUUACAAGCUGAUCGUUUACAAAGCAGAUGCAUCAAAGAUCAAAUCGGCCAACUUCUUGCCCCUCCAAGCGCGCCACACGGAAGAUGGUCUCUCCGACUUGGCGUCUUCAGACGGCAUCCACGCGACCAAGGACUUUAUCCACGUGCGGACGUCGCUUUACUCGACGAAGCUGCCCCAGGAUGGCGGAAUCAUCGGCCUGCUCCGUUGGAAGAGCGAUCCGAGUAAACUCGAUGAAUAUUUGGAAUCGCUGCGGCGCUACGACUCGAUCGGCGAUUCCAAAGUUAGCGGCAAGCAGCACGAAAUCAUGAUUUUCUUGACCGACAUUCUCGACGCGCUCUUCGGAAUUUUGAACGACUCAAGUUUGAAGAAGUUCGACGAAGAUGUGCUUUUGACUUUGUCGAGUUUGAUCCAGAUCGUCGGGAACGAACGAUUCAAGCAGUUCCAGGAAGUGCUCGAAGAAUACAUCAACGUUCAUUUUUCGCAAACGCUCGCUGCUGUCCGUCUUCUUCAGCUGAUCAACAAAAGAAUCGAAACGAGAGAACGUUCCAGAUCUAGGGAUCCAAAUUUUCCCCGAUCAGCGGACAAUGAGUUGAAGGGUCGUUACAUGGUUGUGCGUAGCUUGAAAUACCUCUUCAAGUUCAUCGUACGCUCGCAAAAGCUGUACAAGACGCUUGGAGACUCGGAUCCGGCCACUUACUUCGUGCACGACAUUUCCUUCGAGUCGCUGGUCGAAGGCUUCUUUUGCUCGAUCCAGAGGUUGCUAAAUGAGAAGGGCCAAAGUCUGACCGCGCAUGCAGCUGUUUUCCAAAAUCUGCCCGCGACACUAGACGAGCUCGUGCACGUCAUCGCCCCCGACCUACUAGCUCAGCAAAUGGUGGCGAUAAUGCGCCAGAUAGGCUUCAUUCCCGGAGAAAGCCGCUACGACGAGCAGCAGCUCAUUGAGAAACGCGUCGUCUUCUUCAACUUAUCGGUCAAUUCGGUGGUGUUCACUGACUUCCCUGAUUGCCAGAAGAUUAUUUUGGAGGAGCUUGUGGCUCAAUUGAACUCAAUGCUCGAAUUGAACAUCGAACCAGCUGCUACGGCGGCGUUAAUUGGCGACAUCAUUUGCGCCUGCGAAAACAAUUCCGUCUCGCAGAAAGUCAUUCUUGCUCAGCUACUGCGCCCUCUAAUGAAGCGCUUUGUCAAAUCUGUCGAGACUGGGAGCUUGGACGAAUCUUCGAAAGAGUCCACUCAGCAUUUGUUUUCAACGAUCGUGACGGUGCUGAACUGGCUGUCGCAGGAUCUUUACCAGUACUUGAUCGACUCGGUGACGGAAAAUGAGGGCUCUAACCACUUCCACCUCAAGCAGUUUUUGAUGCAGCUGUACGAGUUCAUCCAGAUCUCGGCGCAGUGCGACUUCUCCAUUCCGAAAGAGUGGGUCCAGCUCAGCAUCCAAUCCGCCGCGACAAUCCUCAACUGCAUCAGAAUGACCUCCCUGACGCUCUAUUCGUACUUCCAGAGCAAAAGUGAGUUCAACUUUGAACUCUGGAAGAGCUUCUUCAACAUUUCGAUCUUCUUCCUCAGCCAGCCGAUUCUGCAGAUUGAGGAGAAAGUCUUCAUCAAAAGACUAAAGAUGAAGCUGAUCUAUGGGGACAUGCGUCUCCAAGUGGCCACGCUGGUCAAGGAAAUGUGGAACAAUUUGGGUCGCAACAAGCAAGACUUCAUCACGCACGAAGCUCAAGACGUUCUGCAGAAUUUUCUGCGGAUGAGUUUGGUUCCGGUCAAGUCGCUGCGCGAAGAGACGCUGCCAAUUUUCUACGAUAUGAUCAAUUUCGAAGUGGCGACGAGCAAGAAUGCUACCUUCCCAAUCGUCGAGCACGCGGUCAUUUCCUCGCUGGACAAGCACUUCUCGGACGGCCUGGGCGACCAGCAGUACGUCGAGCUCUUCGUCAACAUCCUCUCCUCUUGGUGUCAGCGGAACCAGAAGCUUCAGGCUUUGGGACUCGAUUUCGUCCGAAAAGUCAACAUUUUUAUGAAUCUGCUGCUCGAGUUCCGCGCCAACGUCUCCAAAGACCAAAUCGACGCCAUGAUCGUCAUCGAGAAGCUCUUGAAGUUCUACAGAAAUGAGCUCAACCGGGACGACCUCUACAUCGACUAUCUCUACAAACUCUACAAAAUUCACAAAGAGACUAACAAUUUCGCGGAAGCAGCGUUCGUUCUCUUGGAACACGCUGAUAGAUUGUCCUGGGAACCUCGCUCUCUCUCAAUCAGCAACUACUGCUCCUCCGUGGUUUUAAAGUACCAGAAUUGCCACACAGAGCGAGAUUUAAAAGAAGAGCUCUACGAGGAAAUCAUCGAGCUUCUGGACAAAGGAAAGAUGUGGGAAGAAGCGAUCCGCUGCUCGAAAGAGAUCGAGAAGGAAUACGAAGAAAACCAGCUGGACUAUGUGAGCCUGGCCGAGCGGCUAGAGAUGCGCUCUCGACUAAGCCGCAAGAUCGUCGACAAGUCUGUUGUGCGAAUCCCCUCGCCCUACUUCUUCGUCGGCUACUUCGGACACGGCUGGCCCGAGCAGUAUUCGAACAGGAUGUUUAUUUACAGAGGCAACGAGUUCGAGCUCAGGGACGAUCUCAUCGACACCAUCCAGUCUCGAUAUCCGAAGUCAAAGGUGAUGAACAAUACGAAGCCUCCAGAUCCACACAUCAAGCAGUCAAUCGAGCAGCACUUGCAAGUUUACGAAGUGAAGCCAGUCGGCAACAUCCCCGCCCAAUUCAAGGAAAAACCCGUGCCUCCGAAAAUCCUGCAGUACUACAUGUGCAACGAGACGAGCAACUUCAAGUACGACCGGCGAUUCCACCAAGGAACGCGGCUCGUCAACAACGAACACGCGACGAUGUGGAUCGAGCGGCGAAUUUACAGGACGGCGGGGCGGUUUCCCGGGAUUCUCAGAUGGUACGAAGUAGAAGACACAAACACUGAAACGCUCUCGCCGCUUGAAAACGCGAUCGCAAUCGUCGACUCUCGAAACGCCGAGCUGACGGCGAUGGUGAAGGAGUACAGCCAAGACGUGGAACAAUUCCAGCAGCUGACCCAGACGCUAAAGGGCACGGUCGAUCCGGCAGUAUCGCGCGGCUUCUCCAACUACGAAGAGGCCUUCUUCUCGGCUGCGUUCGCGCAGAACGCCACAGCCGCCGAAUACAAGCAAAUCAACAGGUUGAAAGACUUGAUGGCCGAGCAGAUCCCCAUUCUCGAGAAAUUGAUGGUGCUCCAUGGCAACUUAGUGGACACUUACCAGCCGACGCUCGCCCCGCUUCACGACGACUUGACCAGCAUUUUUCACAAGUUGAAGGCCGACGUCGAAGAGAAAUAUGGAAGGCGAACAAUAUCUUCCUCGCUGCAGCGUUUGCCAACUUCGAUCAAUCGCCGUGAGAGUCGUCUCCGUCGAAAGUCGACCGUCGAUGCUUCCCGCGUUUCGGUGGAGGACAACUCGUCUGGUUCCGGCUCGCGUCCGGGCAGCGCCUAUCAGGAUAUGCCCGAGAUUCCGAUGAAGACGCUGCCGAAGAAGAAAGUGGCCCGUUCGGAUUCCAAAAUCGCCUCUUUGAAGAAAUCGAGGCGGCAGUCGAGGCCGACCGAGUGGCUGGUCGACAAAACCGACAACAUCCGCGAAACGCUCAAUAAAACGGCUCAAGAACUCCGCCGUCAAAUCUCCUCCGACUCGUUCCGCUCAAAAUCGCCAGAACGCAUCAUCAAGCCGACUUUCAACUUUAGCUCGACGGUAGAGCUGCGUGAGCAUGCGACGCCAAUGCGCCCAAGAAGACCCAAAUCUCAGUCCAGAUCCAGACCCGAAUCAUGGGCUGAAUCUGAGAAUAGCACGCUAAAGAUUUAUUCCCCACCUCUCUCGCCCGACGAACCUAGGGUUCCGCACGAUCGGAGGACCCAAAUUUCAAAAACCAAAAUUAACUAUAAGAAAUUUUGA